GAAACAUGGUGGUUCGUUUGCAUCAUGUCGAAAUACGUUGUCAAAAUCUUCAGCAAAGUUUGAGGCAAUUAUGCGGACACUUUGGGUUUAGAGUGCUUGCUUCGUCUUCCUUUCCUAAUCGGGUCACUCUGAACCGGGACUCUAUAAACUUUGUUUUGAGCGAAGGCGCCGGUGAGCGAGACACCGUUUACAAUGUUGCCCUUGAAGUCAAAGAUGUGAAAAAUGCGGUGGAUAAUGUAGAAAGAAAUGACGGGAAAAUUAUCAAAAGACCAGAAACAUUGGCUGAUAGCAAUGGAGUGGUGGAAUCUGCCGUUAUACAAACUCCUGUAGGGAACGUUGUUCACACAUUGUUAAAUGCUUCUGGUUACAACGGUGUAUUUUUGCCGGGUUUUCAUCGAAGUGACAAGAGAGCGUUACGCGAAGGAUUUGAUUAUGUAACCCCAUCGAUCUCGUCAAACAAGAAUACAGUGAUUGGCGAUCGUAUUUUAACACACUUUGAUCACAUUACGUUUGCAUGCUCGUUAGGGACUUCUCAGGCGAUAAUGAAAUGGUAUGAGCGAUGUUUUGGGUUCAGUAGGUUUAAUAUCAGCUCUGACGAGAAAUCGGACGGCUUCAUUGUGCAGAGCUCAAUACAAGGAGCGAGCAUCGGGAUGAAGUUGGCAGCCAUGCAGUAUUGGUUUUGCUCGGAAUCAGAGCUGAGAAUAGACACCGAUGAACCAGGAGGAGGCGUCAAGUUCGUUUUCGCAGAACCUCUCCCUGGACAAGGUUAGAGCAUUUGUUUCAAUUGACAAAAUCAUUCAGGGUUGUGUAAUAAACCCUUCGAGGGUUGACUAACUCCCGCGGCUCUAGAGAGUGGGCUUAUAAGCCCAUGGGGGGUGUUGUGUAUUCAUUUAGUGGUUCAGUCAGUAGACACUCACUCUUCCUUUGCUUUCUAUAUUUUGUCUUUGUUGAGCAAUCAGCUAUCUAAAAAUUUAGUGCAAUCAUGUUACUUGAUUUCAGUACUUUUACAUCAUUCAGUAGUUGUACAGUAAUAUCACUAAUGUUGGUACAAGCACCUGUAGCUGUAAUGUGCAAUAUACUACAGAGGGCCUUUUAGAAACUUACCUAGAGAAAAAAGGAGAGUUCCUUUAUUCUACACCGUCAACAAGUUUAAAGGAGGAAAUUACUUCAUUUGUUACCAUAUGAUUUUCAUCUUAAGCAUUAAAAGUUACUUGUAAAAUGGUAACACACAUUGUUUUGAGAUUUUGAAAAGUAACCUUUACUUUUGAAAAUUGUCUUAAUAUGUGUUGAAAAGUUGAAUACAGGGGCUGCUAUUUUGAAUACUGUGUAGCAAUCUGGCCAAUACUGAUUUCUAUGAACUAGCAUCAGUAAAAAAAAUUAAAGUAGAUAUUAAGAAGAAUUAGUCAUGAGAUCAUGGGAGCCAGAGGUGUAACAAUUUCAUAGAUGUUUUUUUUUAAGUGUUAAGUUAAAAAAAUGACCUGAAUUUGAUGUAUUGUUCUAACACUAAAAAUGGGGAAGGGGUGUGAUUGUAGGCUGAUGAAAUUAUUUGGAAAGUUUGUGUUACUUGUUAAACAAAAAAUGGGUAUCUUUUUGGUUAAGAUUGUUGGUUUUUUUUAAUUUUUGCAGGUCCUAACCAGGUACAAACAUUCCUGACAGAGCAUGGAGGACCAGGCAUACAGCACAUAGGUCUGCAUACACCAAAUAUAACUGAAGCUGUUGCUGCAUUAAAAGAAAGUGGAGUCAAGUUUAUUGAUCCUCCAUCUGCUUAUUAUUCUGAGGUAUGCAAGCUAUACAGUGAUGAUUAAUUUAGGAUACAUGUAAGAGGCUCGGGGACCGUAGAGAAGGAGGUAACCAAGUUCAAUUUCAUAGGGUUAACUCUGGUUACUUCUUGCUAACCCUUAACUCUUAUGAUCUGAUUGUCAAUUCUCCCCUCUAACUGUUACACAUUUCCUUGUAAAUUAGUUGAAAGAAUUUGGUGUUUGAUCAAGAUAACAAUCUUUGGAAAGGUCAUCACAAUUGGCUUCCUUUUUGCCAUACAUGCACAUUAGUUCAUCUUUAAGUGUAGUUGUGGCUUAGCCAGUGUAUCAGGGUUUCACUCUCAACAGAAUCAUGGUGCCAAAGUCAGCUAACUUUGGUCUUUGAGGGGACUCUCGUUUGGGUGUGACUUUGUUUUAACAAAAGUUUUUAGGAGCUAGGCAAUCCAAAUUUUUUCUGCAAGAGCCUAUAGGCAACUGGUAAAUCUUCUAAGAGGACAAGUCUGACAAGAUCAAUCUCACUUCACAGGAAGAUAAAGUGCAGGAAAUAAGAGAUGUAGGAGAGAGUGUGGAGUCUCUCCAGAAACAUGGUAUUCUGUUGGAUGCAGAGAGCUUCACCUCUAGCAAAAGCACUGCCUCAUCUUUGGAAAAUAUGAAUGUAAACCAAGAUGCUGACAACAAGUGAGUUAAGUUGAGAUUCCAAAGAGGAAUCUAACGUUUUGUUAGUGGAAGGUAUUUGUGGUGAAUUAACUACUGUUGUUAUUUUACAGGUAUUUGAUGCAGGUUUUUACUAGACCACUUUUUAACAAAGAAACCUUUUUCCUGGAGGUUAUCCAGCGAUGUGGGGCCACAGGAUUUGGAGCAGGCAACAUAACUGCUCUGUGGAAAGCUGUUGAUUCAUAUUUGAAUAAGAAGAUCUAAUUAAAAAAAAUUUUUAAAAAUUAACAGACAUCUCAAUUUUGAGGGUCCAACAUAGGUUUGGCAGGAUGUGGAAUGAAGCUUAAACUGAGGAGGAAUGUGGGAUACGAGAAAUUUUAAAGGCAAGAUAUGGGAUGAAAUUAAGAAGGCAAGACCAGGAUAUGCCCCAUUUCAAAGGCGGCAUAGGAGAUAGGAAGGGUAUUGGGGAUCAUAAUUUUUCUCAAGUUGUGAGUCAUAUGACCUCAGAGACAUGAAAAAGUAUUUAUUC